GUAGCAUUCCCCGCCAUUGUUUCAAUUCCCCACCCAGCGAUAAUUGCAAAAGCGCGUUCGUGUCGCAGUACGUCUGUAUACUACCGAAUAACAGCGCUCAUCAGCAUCUUCAUCCGAUUUCAUCAGUAUGGAAGAGAAGGAGGAAGGCCACGCCGAGCCGCUCGACCUCGUCCGAUUGUGCAUCGAUGAGGUGGUUGUUAUCAAGUUACGAGGAGAUCGCGAACUCAAGGGCCGGCUACACGCAUACGACAGCCAUUGCAACCUGGUCCUUGGCGAUGUCGAAGAGACGAUAUACGUAGCUGAGGAUGAGGACGAGGAUGAGGCACCCAAGGUCAGGACGAUCAAGAAGCAGUCGGAAAUGCUCUUCGUGAGAGGAGAUUCGGUUGUUUUGAUAGCACCCCAGUCCACGCAUUGAACGAAACGGGCUGUGGAUGAAGCAGCAGACAAUACUUCUCGAGUUCUAGGAUCAGAAGGAGCGCGCACAGCGAAGAUACCCAGGGUUAUAAGGAAAUCUCGUGCUAUCUGGUAAUCGAAUUGCAGGUCCCAGGCUGUGGUAGAUGAACAUGCGAGGGACCAAAGAGUCUACGUCACACCGCCAAGUGAUGUUAUGAUGAGGCACCACACGAAGAUACCAUGUCAUCACAAAUCUCGAAGUAAAUACAUCAGAUCAAAAAUGAGAAUCAUUUGAAGAAGCAG